GACUGUCCAAGCGUCUGUACUUGCCGCCCACGCCCAGCCCAGUCGCGCAUAUACCACCACUACAAGCUGCAGCCAUCGCAAUCAGCGCGAAUCGCUUCGUCCCACCUCACCGCUGCACAUCGCAUCGUCGUCCUUUUCUCCCUCGGCAUUACCGGUUCGCCGCUGCUGCAUCUGAAGCUUGUCUUGCAAUACCGUCGCAUGGCAUUGCCCUCUGCUCUCAAUACGCAUUCCCGAGAUUCGUGAGAACUGGUUGACUGCCAACAUGUCGCCUGUCAUCGCUCCCAGCCGCCUCCCAGACCCCCUUCCCAAACAGAUCCUGUCUUCCCCCGUCGUGUCUCCAGACAAGUUGCGAUUCAAGGCCGGAGAAUCUCGACGUCCUCUUCAGUCGCCGCCAGACGUAGGCCUUUCUACUCGCAACUAUCAACCUCACCCCCUCUCCCGUCCCCCCAUAACCGCAUCCGCCGAACAAUCUCUCUUAAAUACGCCAGUGGAAGCUCCUUCGCCCCUACCCAUUAUCUCCGCCGCCCCUGCCCAAGUUGCAGCCAUGAGACGUGGCCUGCACAGAAGGCGGUCGUCUUUCCCUCCUGCUGUUGGAUCCACUGUCACGGGCGCAAACAACUAUCCUUGGGUCGUUGGGGGCACGCCUCCAGCCUCCAAGAUCGGGCCCCCGACUGGCGACGCUCUGUCUGGAUAUGGGAAUGAGAUUGGCCCCUUCUCGAACGGCAUCUCGAGUCCCGCGGCGUGGGAGAGUCUCCUGAACUUCGACAACUUUGAGUCUGGCACCAAGUCUAAUCCGCCCUUCGAGGCGACGUUUGCACUGGAAGGCGACACCGUUGUCUCCACCAGCCCCAAGAACAAGCUGUUGACCCCAAAGAAGGGCUUUGGACUGGAGCGUACUGCAUCGAACUCGGAAGCGUGGCGGCUGGCGCUUAACCGCACAGUGGAAGUGGAGGGGGUAGGGCAAGUUGGCGUCGCACGGAUCCUCUCCGAAGUUUGGAAGCGUGGCGGUCCGGCUGCUGUGACGAGCCAAGGGCUAUGGCCGAAUGUCCUGAUGUCCCUCUCCCUCGCUACCGGUGGAUCAAACGUCCACGUAGGAACUCCGUCAGCAUCAGCUGCUCUAUCGUUGCAAGCGCUCUACAAUGUUGCCGCUCGACCUCACGAGACCAACGUAUUUGCUGGACUGCUCUCAAACUACGUGGCAUCUACUGCUCCCCUCGUCGUCAAUGCGUUCCAAGACGGACAAGUAUACGGGGCAUGGACGCCUACCAAGGGACUUAGCGAAGAGCUCUCGCAAUGGACAACCUUCACCCCAGGAGAGGAAUGGCCAUCGCUUUCGACAACGUUGCCGUCUGGGUCCGGCUUGACGCCCAGACGCGAGUUCUCCCCCGCUCUCGGUUUGCCUCCCAUCGACAUCUCUGACCCUCUCGACACUGUGCCCCGUCCGGGAUCUCGAGGGGCCGGGGACGCCAUGACUGGCAUCGAUGCCAUUUUGGCCGAAAUGGAAGAAGACGAGAGGAUUCGGGAGUCUCAAAGCGUGUCGUCCAGCGCUGGCCCCUCCCAACCAGAGUGGACCAAGUCUAACAGUACCGCGCAGGCCUCUACGCAGGCUUCGCCUGCGACAGUGGUGACACCCACCGAGAACGACCCAUUUGUCACGCGCGCAGGCACAUCAAGCAACGCGGAGGAGCCAGUGGAGUACAUGAUCUCCUCGCCCUUCGUGUCCGGCGGGUCCAUGCUGUCGUCCGCGACCUCUGCGAGCACAAACAUUCCCACCGUGUCUCCUGAAACAGCGCAGACUGCGGGCACGGUAAUCGCGAUGAGAGGGCCACGCCCUCGGGCGCCGACUUUGCAACUGCCAUUACCCGAUGUGCCCUUCAUUCCGCCACCACCGAUGUGCAUGUUCUUCUCGCCCUCAUUCCGAGAUCUUCAGGAGGGCAAGGUGGCCGUGUGGAAGGGCGAUCUCACAAUCCGUGGGCGAGGGGGAGGACGUUUCAACGUUCUGAUUAUCGGAGAGGCCGCCUCGGGCCACUUGUGGAAAUCGCACACCUGGCCAGAGGCCCUCACUUAUCCUUCGGGACCCGCUAUGACGGAGAGCUGCACUGCGACAAUGAUACCUGUCUCAACGCUGGCUCGUGAAGGCCUGCUCCCCGUGACCAUGGGCAUGGUCCUGUGCAACGAUGAGAACAUCGCUCCGUUUGUGAACAUGGUCCAGGGACUCCAUGCCGAGGGCGUGGCAUUCCACCUUCCCAUGCCGGACACGACUCUGCCAAUCGUCUUCUUGCCGGCCAAGUUCGACUCGGCGGACCCACUCCAACGUCUUGGCAUAGCGUUCAUGACAAAAGGUGGCGUGCCUCCCAACGCCCCGCCUGUGCCGCCGAGUCGCAAGUCCUCGACCGAGGAUGACCUUGACUCGGCGCCCGAGAGGAAGCGUCGCAGAAAGAGUACCGUUUCGAAUGGCGACUCCAAGUCCACUCCUCGGCGCAACGUGCCUGUGCGGCCAAAGGUCGCCAAGAACAAAAAUUGAUGUACAUACGAGAUUCUGGAACGGCUGCGCUAGGGCGGCCUGUAGCCAUUGUGGUGUAUUUUAUGCAGUGAUCCAAGACAGUAUCACGGAA